CACUUCCGGUCCGAAAUAACAUCAACAUCGCCUUCCUCGUCAAGGGCUAAGUGUUGCUGCAGCCGCAUCGGUCUUCUUUACAGACCAUCACAUUCGCUGCAUUCCCAGACGACAAACGCUUCGCUCAGGCUUUCUGCCCACAUUCCCACAAACCGUUCAUCCCUUGUUUCACGGCGAAUGUCACUGCUUUGAGUAAUUUUUCGUAUUUGACUUAAGCAUGGCGCACCCUCAACAGGGCGGUGGCCAGUACGCUGAUGAUGGCUACGGCGGUCACGGCGGCCACGGCAACGGCAAUGAUGCCUACUACCAAGAUGACCAGAACCAGGCCUACUACGACCACAAUCAAGGCUAUGGAAAUGGUCAGGAUAGUUACUACGAUGAAGGUACCGGCGGUCACUACGCUCAGGGCGAACAUGGCGCUCCCUACCAAGGCCAACAAGGUCAGGAAGGCUAUUACGACCAAGGCCACAACGGCUACCAGGACGAAUACUACAACGACCAAUACUACGAUCAAGGCCACGCUGCGGGUCAGCAAGCACCUCGUCAGCCGAGAGGUCACUCCGAGGAAGACUCGGAGACCUUCAGCGACUUCACCAUGAGAUCCGACAUGGCUCGCGCUGCCGAGAUGGACUACUACGGUCGUGGUGAUGAGCGUUACAACAGCUACAACGGCGAGCAAGGCGGCCGUGGUUUCCGCCCUCCAUCGUCUCAGGUCUCAUAUGGUGGCAACCGCUCAUCCGGUGCCUCGACUCCCGUCUACGGUAUGGACUACACCAACGCUCUCCCCGCAGGACAGCGCUCGAGAGAGCCUUACCCUGCCUGGACCUCGGAUGCUCAAAUUCCUCUCUCCAAGGAGGAGAUUGAGGACAUCUUCCUCGACCUGACAGCGAAAUUUGGUUUCCAGCGUGACAGCAUGAGAAACAUGUUCGACCAUUUCAUGACCCUCCUCGACUCGCGUGCUUCCCGCAUGUCGCCCAACCAGGCUCUUCUUUCGCUGCACGCCGAUUACAUUGGUGGCGAUAACGCCAACUACCGUCGUUGGUAUUUCGCUGCUCAUCUCGAUCUCGACGAUGCUGUUGGUUUCGCAAACAUGAACCUUGGAAAGGCCAACCGUCGCACUCGCAAGGCCCGCAAGGCUGCCAAGAAGAAGGCCGCAGAAGGCGAAAACGAGGAGGCUACUCUUUCAAGUCUCGAGGGCGACAACAGUCUUGAGGCGGCCGAAUACCGCUGGAAGUCACGUAUGAACAAGAUGUCCCAGCACGACCGUGUCAGACAGAUUGCUCUCUACCUUCUUUGCUGGGGUGAAGCCAAUCAGGUCCGUUUCAUGCCCGAAUUGAUGUGUUUCAUCUUCAAGUGUGCCGAUGAUUACUUCCACUCUCCUGCUUGCCAGAACAAGGUCGAGCCAGUCGAGGAGUUCACUUACCUCAACAACGUAAUCACUCCUCUGUACAAUUACUGCAGAGAUCAGGGUUACGAGAUCUUCGAUGGCAAGUACGUUCGCAGAGAGCGUGACCACAACAAGAUUAUCGGUUACGAUGAUAUGAACCAGCUCUUCUGGUACCCUGAGGGAAUCGAGCGUAUUGUGUUCGAGGACAAGUCCCGUCUUGUGGAUUUGCCUCCCGCAGAGCGUUACGAGAGACUCCAGGAUGUCAUCUGGAAGAAGUGCUUCUUUAAGACUUUCAAGGAGACCAGAUCCUGGUUCCACAACUUGGUCAACUUCAACCGUAUCUGGGUCAUUCACGUCACUGCUUACUGGUUCUACACCUCUUACAACUCGCCUACUCUCUACACUGAGAAUUACGAGCAACAGCGCAACAACUCUCCUACUACUCCCGCUCAUUUCUCCGCUGUCGGUCUCGGUGGUACUGUUGCAUCCCUUAUUAUGGUUUUUGCCACGCUCGCCGAAUGGUCCUACGUACCCAGAAAAUGGGCAGGUGCUCAGCAUUUGACCAAGCGUCUUCUCUUCCUCCUUGGUGUUCUCGCCAUCAAUGUGGCUCCUGCAGUUUACAUCUUUGGUGUGAACCGCAAGGGCAAGAUUGCUCUGAUUCUUGGUAUCGUGCAAUUCCUGAUCGCGCUCAUCACCUUCUUCUUCUUCUCGAUCAUGCCUCUCGGCGGUCUCUUCGGUAGCUACCUCACCGGCAAGUCUCGCCGUUAUGUGGCUAGUCAGACUUUCACUGCCAGUUGGCCUCAACUUAAGGGCAAUGCUAUGUGGAUGUCCUACGGUCUUUGGAUCAUGGUCUUCGGUGCCAAGUUGGCAGAGUCUUACUUCUACCUGACCUUGUCGCUUCGUGAUCCCAUCCGUAUCUUGUCUACUCUUAAGAUCAGAUAUUGUAUUGGUGUCACUUACAUUGGCACAACGCUCUGCUACCACCAGGCUACGGUCACUCUCAUUCUGAUGUACAUCACCGAUCUGAUCCUUUUCUUCUUGGAUACUUAUCUUUGGUACAUCAUCUUGAACACCGUCUACUCGGUUGCUCGCUCCUUCUACCUCGGUGUUUCCAUCUGGACUCCUUGGAGAAAUAUCUUCUCUCGUCUGCCCAAGCGUAUUUACUCCAAGGUUCUUGCCACUACUGACAUGGAAAUCAAGUACAAGCCCAAGGUUUUGAUCUCGCAGAUCUGGAACGCCAUCAUCAUCUCGAUGUACCGCGAGCAUUUGCUUGCCAUCGAUCACGUUCAGAAGCUUCUCUACCACCAGGUUCCAUCAGAGCAAGAAGGCAAGCGUACUCUCAGAGCACCUACCUUCUUCGUGUCGCAAGAAGAUCACUCUUUCAAGACUGAAUUCUUCCCCAGCCAAAGUGAGGCCGAGCGUCGUAUCUCUUUCUUCGCCCAGUCUCUGUCCACCCCCAUUCCCGAGCCCGUACCGGUUGACAACAUGCCUACUUUCUCCGUCAUGAUUCCCCACUACGGUGAAAAGAUUCUUCUCUCUCUUCGUGAGAUUAUUCGUGAGGAUGAUCCGUACUCGCGUGUUACCAUGUUGGAGUACCUCAAGCAGCUUCACCCUCACGAGUGGGACUGCUUCGUCAAGGACACCAAGAUUCUGGCUGACGAGACUUCGCAAUUCAACGGCGAGUAUGAGAAGACCGAGAAGGACACUGCAAAGGCCAAGAUCGACGAUCUUCCCUUCUACUGCAUUGGUUUCAAGUCUGCUGCUCCCGAAUACACUCUCCGCACUCGUAUCUGGGCAUCGCUCCGUUCUCAGACCCUCUAUCGUACCAUCUCUGGUUUCAUGAACUACAGCCGUGCUAUCAAGCUGCUGUAUCGUGUCGAGAACCCUGAGGUCGUUCAAAUGUUUGGUGGCAACUCUGAUAAACUCGAGAGAGAAUUGGAGCGCAUGGCUCGUCGCAAGUUCAAGAUCUGUGUCUCCAUGCAGCGUUACGCCAAGUUCACCAAGGAAGAGCGUGAGAACGCCGAGUUCUUGCUCCGUGCCUACCCCGAUCUUCAGAUUGCUUACCUUGACGAAGAGCCUCCGCUCAACGAGGGUGAGGACCCCCGUCUUUACUCUGCCUUGAUUGAUGGUCACUCUGAGAUCAUGGAGAACGGCCUUCGCAAGCCCAAGUUCCGCGUUCUGCUUUCCGGUAACCCCAUUCUGGGUGACGGCAAGUCCGACAACCAGAACCACUCUAUCAUCUUCUACCGCGGUGAGUAUAUUCAACUCAUCGACGCUAACCAGGACAACUACCUGGAGGAAUGUCUGAAGAUUCGUUCUGUUCUUGCCGAGUUCGAGGAAAUGACUACCGACAACGUCUCUCCCUACACUCCUGGUCUUGCCACUCCUAAGUUCGACCCUGUUGCCAUUCUUGGUGCCCGCGAGUACAUUUUCUCAGAGAACAUCGGUAUUCUCGGUGACGUUGCUGCUGGAAAGGAGCAGACAUUCGGUACUCUGUUCGCUCGUACCCUCGCUGAGAUCGGUGGUAAGCUCCAUUACGGUCACCCUGAUUUCCUCAACGGUAUCUUCAUGACCACUCGUGGUGGUGUCUCCAAGGCUCAGAAGGGUCUCCAUUUGAACGAGGAUAUUUACGCUGGUAUGACUGCUCAACUUCGUGGUGGCAGAAUCAAGCACUGUGAAUACUACCAGUGUGGUAAGGGUCGUGAUUUGGGCUUCGGCUCCAUUCUCAACUUCACCACCAAGAUUGGUACUGGUAUGGGUGAGCAAAUGCUUUCUCGCGAAUAUUACUACCUCGGCACUCAACUCCCCCUGGACCGCUUCUUGUCUUUCUACUACGCUCACGCUGGUUUCCACGUCAACAACACCUUCAUCAUGUUGUCGGUGCAGCUCUUCAUGUUCUGUAUCAUCAACUUGGGUGCUCUCAGACACGAGACCAUCAUCUGCCGUUACAACAGAAACACCCCCAUCACUGAUCCUCAAUGGCCUACGGGUUGUGCUAACUUGCGCCCCUGUCUCGACUGGAUCCAGCGCUGCUGUGUCUCCAUCUUCAUCGUCUUCUUCAUCUCUUUCGUCCCUCUCACGGUUCAAGAAUUGACUGAGCGUGGAUUCUGGCGCGCAGCUACUCGUCUCGCUAAGCACUUCUCUUCGUUCUCCCCUCUGUUCGAAGUUUUCGUCUGUCAGAUCUACACCAACGCACUCCAGCAGAACUUGUCAUACGGUGGUGCCCGUUACAUCGGUACUGGUCGUGGUUUCGCCACUGCCCGUAUGCCAUUCGGUAUUCUUUACUCCCGUUUCGCUGCUCCCUCGAUCUACCUGGGUAUCCGUCUGUUGCUCAUGCUUCUCUUCGGUACCUUGACUAUCUGGGGAUACUGGCUUCUCUACUUCUGGGUUUCGCUUCUCGCUCUCUGUAUUGCACCCUUCCUCUUCAAUCCUCACCAGUUUGCGUGGGGCGACUUCUUCAUCGACUACCGCGAAUUCCUCAGAUGGCUGUCUCGUGGAAAUACCAAGGGUCAUUCUGCAUCGUGGAUUGGCUUCGUCCGUCUUUCGCGUACCCGCAUCACCGGAUUUAAGAAGAAGGUGCUUGGUGAGCCGUCCGCCAAACUGUCUGGAGACACAGCCCGUGCUCGCUUCGGUAAUGUCUUCUUCGCUGAGGUCAUUGGUCCGCUCUUCCUUGUUGCUGUAACUCUUAUUCCCUACCUUUACAUCAAUUCUGGAACUGGAGCUACUCGUGCCUUGAACCCUGAUGUCGGAGCUGCCGCCUUGCAACCCCGCAAUGCUCUCAUUCGUAUCGCCAUCGUUGCCUUUGCCCCUAUUGGUAUAAAUGCUGGUGUUGCAGGCAUGUUCUUCCUCAUGGCUUGUUGUAUGGGACCCCUCUUCAGCAUGUGUUGCAAGAAGUUCGGUGCCGUUCUGGCUGGUAUCGCCCACGCUAUUGCCGUCAUUGUGCUCAUUGUCAUGUGGGAGGUCAUGUUCUUCCUUGAGGGAUGGAGUUUCGCCAAGAUGCUCAUCGGUAUGAUCGCCUCGCUUGCCAUUCAGCGCUUCAUCUACAAGCUCAUCAUUGCUCUGGCUCUCACUCGUGAGUUCAGAACCGAUUCCUCCAACAUUGCUUGGUGGACCGGUAAAUGGUACGGUAUGGGUUGGAUGGGCUUCUCUCAGCCUGGUCGUGAGUUCCUGUGUAAGAUCACCGAGUUGGGAUACUUCUCAUCGGACUUCUGCUUGGGUCACUUGCUGUUGUUCUUCAUGCUCCCUCCUCUCUUGAUCCCUUACAUUGACACCUUCCACUCGGUCAUGCUCUUCUGGCUGCGCCCUAGUCGCCAGAUCCGCCCUCCUAUCUACUCACUCAAGCAGUCGAAGCUUCGCAGACGUCGUACGAUCCGUUACGCCAUCCUGUACUUCACUCUCUUCAUCCUGUUCAUUGUUCUCAUUGUUGCACCAAUGGUCGCUGGCAAGUUCCUGAACCUCAAGAUCGACACGCUUCCUAUGCAAUUGAUGCAGCCCAGCAACCUCAAGAACAACGACACUACCAGUCAGACUACUGGCACAGCCGUGGCAGGAGCCACUGAUGGCGCUGCUACCUCAGAUGCCGCGUCAGAGUCGUCUGCAGCAGCCCGUCGUUUCGCCCACUUCAUGUACUAAGCGGAUGAUGUGGACGAAGCUACAUAAUAGAUUGGGUGGAAUUUCUCUGGCGUCAAAAUCAUGGCAUUCAUCACGUCUUGU